UAUUUCUAAUCAUGUGGCACUCCUCCCACACCUCUCCCUGUUUUAUUUCUCUCCGUCAGUUGAGAAAUUUCAUUUGCAGAGGAGAAGUUUUCUACAAUGUCAGCUCUCAGGAAGUGGUUUGCAGGAGGAGUCUGCACAUCAACAGCUCAGCUGGAUGGAAAGGUGGCCGUGGUCACAGGGGCUAACACUGGCAUAGGGAAGGAAACUGCCAAGGACCUCGCGCGAAGAGGUGGUCGUGUCAUCCUUGCCUGCCGAGAUAUAGCAAAAGGGGAAGCAGCAGCCCGUGAAAUUAUAGCCGAAACAGGGAAUCAGCAAGUUAUUGUGAAAAAACUGGACCUGUCUGAUAGCAAAUCUAUACGGGCAUUUGCAGAAGAUUUCCUAAAAGAGGAGAAGAAGCUCCAUUUCCUCAUUAACAAUGCAGGAGUGAUGAUGGUUCCCUAUUCCAAGACUGCUGAUGGUUUUGAAAUGCAUAUUGGAGUCAAUCACCUUGGGCAUUUUCUCUUAACAUUCCUGCUGCUGGACCGUUUGAAAGAGUCAGCCCCAGCUCGGAUAGUGAAUGUGGCUUCGCACCUCCAUGCUUCUUGGCGGAUAAACUUCAAGAACCUGCAGGGAGAGAAAUACUACAAUGGGUUCCUGGCAUACUGUCAAAGCAAACUGGCUAAUGUUCUGUUUACCAGGGAGCUGGCUCGUAAAUUGCAAGGCACUGGAGUUACUGUCAAUGCUAUACAUCCUGGUGUGGUUGAUUCUGAAUUGUCGCGUUACUCAUAUUCGUCAGGAAUUUUUAAAGCGGUGUUUAGGUUCACGUUUAAGACACCAAAAGAAGGAGCCCAGACCAGUAUUUACUGUGCAGUGGCAAAGGAACUGGAGUCAGUGAGUGGGCAAUAUUUCAGUGACUGUAGACCAGCCUGGGUUGCUCCUCAGGCUCGUAACAAAGAGACCGCAAAAAAGCUCUGGCAAGUCAGCUGUGAGCUGAUGGGCAUCCAGUGGGAGUGAACUGGGGUGGGUCUGUGGUUGACAUUCGUAGACAGAAUGUGAAGGCAACCAGAAAGAAAUAAAACUAUCCUUAUCUUCUCAUGUGUAGAUGUCAGUGUCUAGCAGGCACUUUAUAAACAUAGAUUGUAUAUUAAUAAAAUAUGUUCUAAUCUA